CGGGACUAUGGAGCUUUUGAGGAUGACCUCUUCCCCGACCCCUUCCGUCAAAAGGAAGCUGAGUCGGAACUCCAAUUUUGUCCUGGAAGGUCAGUGUUUCUCCGGCCCCGGGAUACAGCCCAGGGUGUCCGGCUCUCCGCGAAGCCGCGGACCGCGUGUGUGACUCCGGCCAGGGCCCCUCGGCCGUGAUCUUGACCACUGUACGAGCAGCUGCCGGGGGCUUGUGGACCUCCCUGUGACAGGGUCCUGAGCUGGCUCCCAGCCCGUCCCAGGGGACCUCAGGGCUCCGGAUCCCAUCCCUGUCCCCAGGCCUCGGACGCCCUGGGUCUCGCUCUUCCCUAACCGGGCAGGAGGAGGGCCUGGGUGUCCGGGGGGAGGGAAGGCCGUGGGGGGGGGGGGCGGCUUGUGGCUUCCCAAGCUUCCCUUAAAGGGAAGGAAGGAUGGGAGAGCCGGGCCUGGAGGAGGAAGGCUGCUCUGCCCACCUGUGGGGAAGCCAUCCUCUAGGCAGGAGGCCUGGGGACGUAGAACCCCAAAGGUUCGGGGCCUUCUUAUUGUUCGGGGGCCAGGAGUGCCCGGUCUGGAGUCAGGCUCCUGUUCCUGGUUCAAAUCCAGUCUCAGACCCUUCCUAGCCGCUCAGUUUCCUCAUCUGUAAAAUGGGUGGAAAAGGAAAUUGCGGCAAUGUCUUUGCCACAGAGAUGGGAAAGGACUGAAAACGCCCGCGGGGCGGCAGGCAAGGAGGCCCCCGUUUGGGGCAGUGAGAGACGGGCCUCGAUCAGCAGCUUCCGGAUGGGGGGCACCGGCCUCCGGCCCAGAGGGGGCGGCCGAGCCCCGAUGGGGGGGGCAGAGAGAGCAGUCUGGGGGGGCCCUGAGCCGGUCCUGGGCGCCCAGCGGGCCUGCUUGCCCCCAGGCGGCGUGCUGUACUACCAGGGCAAAGGCAAGUUCCAGAGAGUGCUCUUCACCCCGGAGAAGAAGCGGGAAGCCUUCGAGGAGGCCCACGUGGUCUCGGCCGAGCGGCACCACGGCAUCCGGGCCACCGGCAUCAACAUCACCAAGUCCUACUACUGGCCCCGGAUCACGCUGCACGCGCGGCAGUGGGUGAAGGAGUGUAAGAAGUGCCAGAGAGACAAGUUAGCAAAGCAGGAGGCCCAGAGUGCCAGGGUCAGAGCUAAGAAGUGUAAGGGAGUGGCCCCGGCGGCUCGGCUCAGGGAGCGGCCGUCCGUCUCGCCCCCCCUGAGACUCCCGCCCCCAGCUGCGGUGGCCCCCAAGAAAGAGGCCCUGACAGCCCAGGUACGCCGCUUUCCCCUUUCUCCGGCGAGGGGGCAUUGGUGCCCAUCACACGUCUACCGGACUGGGCCUGGGAGGGGAUUCUGGGAGUGGUCAAUGGCCUCCGAGGGAUGGGAGGAGGGGAGGCAGGGCUCCGAGCUCGUUGGGUCAGUGUGGAAGAGAGGGGCGAGAUCUGGUGCCCUUCGGGUGGGCACUGCCAGGAGUGGCGGGCAGGCUGUGCCCAGCGGCAGGGCCGGAUGCUGAGCCACGGGUUCUCUGGGUACCGCCCUUGUCCGCACCAGCCUUCUGGGUACCAGGGGUGGGAAGCGCCCGGGGGGCAGAUCAGGGGCCGCCCCCAGCUCCUUGGCUGCGUGGUGCCCGCGGUUGCC